GCCAUGGAGAUGAACACUGCACAAUUCACUUGGAAAGCCUGGCACCUGUUCUGGUAACUUUGAAGGUGUAUCCGUUGGCUUUCAUCCACUCAAAGCUGCUCCCUAUGCCUCCCAGAUGCUGGAUGGAAGCGGGGCAGAACACAGCUGUGGAGCUGAGCCCCUUCCCCUGCACUCCUGAAGAGAUGGUCAGCAGUCAGCCUCUUGCCAUAGCAGACAGUGGGAAAAGGAAAAAAAAGAAAAGGACCAGAGCCACAGAUCACGUCCCUGGGAAAUUUGAAGAUUUGUACAAGCUGACUGCUGAGCUUCUUGGUGAGGGAGCUUAUGCCAAAGUUCAGGGUGCUGUCAGCCUCCAAACUGGGAAAGAAUAUGCAGUAAAAGUAAGUACAGAAUAGAAGCAGUAUCACUACCACCUGUAACGUGCUUUCUACCUCCUGCUAUCUACGUUAAAACACGGAAUAGAGUGUGUAAUAGCAAAAGCUUUUAAGAAAUUCUUAAUGCAUGAAAUGAGUCUAACUGUUGAUAGAUCUGUCACCCUAAGUAUCUUGCCUCUAGAAUGAACUGAGAUAUCAGCCACAGGCAAAACUCACAGACCUUAAAUGGUUAGGUUGUUAAUGGUUAGGUCUAGGGCUUUUCUAUCAUGUCCUGAUUUAAUUGCAAUCCCACAUGUAUGUGUAUAUAUAUAUAUAUCCUACA